AUGAAGCCCGAAUUGAAGCCCGAAUCGGAGCCCAAAUCGGAGCCCCAAUUGGAGUCUGAAUUGGAGCCCGAAAUGGAGCCCCAAAUUGAAUUGGAGCCCGAAUGGGAGCCCGAAUUGAAGCCUGAAAUGGAGCCGAAAUUGAAGAUUAAAUUGGAGCCCGACUGGGAGCCCGAAUUGGAGCCCGAAAUAAAGCCUGAAUGGGAGCCCGAAUCCGUGCCUGAAUCAGAGCCCGAAUUAGAGCCCGAAUUUCUGCCCGAAUCGGAGCCCGAAUUGGAGCGCGCAUUGGAGCCAGAAUUAGAGCCAGAAAUGGAACCCAUUGAGCCCGAAUCGAAACCCGAAUUGGAGCCAGAAAUGAAAUUGAAUUGGAAGCCGGAAUUGGAACCUGAAAUGGAGUCUAAAUUGGAGCCCAAAUCGGAGCCCGAAAUGGAGCCUGAAAUGGAGCCCGAAUUGGAGCCCGAAUCAGAGCCAGCAAUGGAACAGGAAUUGAGCAAGAAUCGGAACCCAAAUUUGAGCCCGAAAUGGACCCGAAUUGGUGCCCGAAUCGGAGCCCAAAUCGGAGCCCCAAUCGGAGCCCGAAUUGGAGCCCGAAUUGGAGCCCGAAAUGGAGCCUGA